GUCAUUGCUCAUGAAUUAUUUAUAUAAAAUCUCUCACCAGAGGGCGUGCAAGUUCUUCGGUCUUAGUCCACCAUAUGAAGCAUAUGAUGAUAUGUUCACUGUGAUAAUUUCAGACAAAGAGUAAAGACAGAAUCACCGAAAAAGUAAGCAAACAACGAAGAGGUUGAAACAGAUAAGAAGAUGGAUCUGAAGAUGGAUGAAGAAUUUAAUCAAAGAGCAAAAUUGAAACAGAAAGUUUUGCUGUUUGAACUUACUAAAGCUAUUACCAAUUCAGCAGAAGAUGUUGCUACCGAGAUGAUCGACUGUGGGGCAGAUUUAGAUGCUACCAUAAUUUAUUCCAAGACCCCAUUAUCUUAUGCUUUAGAGACUGGCUGUGAAAAUAUUGCCAGAAAACUUCUUAGCAGAGGAGCUGAUCCUGAGAAAACAGCAACUUGCGAAAAAUCAAAGAAAAUCCUCAGACCUAUUCACUUUGCAUGCAAAUUCAAACAGAUAAAUUUCCUCUCUGAUUUACUGAAAAAGAAUGUUGACGUGGAAGUCCUAUGUAGUGCAGGGUUGAGUGCUCUACAUUAUGCUGCUGCUGUAGGUUGUGCAGAAAUUUGCUCUGACUUAAUCAAGUAUGGUGCUGAUGUAAAUAAGCCAGAUUCCUACAAUCUAACUCCUCUUCACAGAGCGGCAGAAAAUGGACAUGCCACUGUGAUUGACUUACUUGUCAGUUCAGGAGCUGAUCUUAGUGUAGUAGAUAACUUUGGAAACACACCACUGUUGAUGGCUUGCUAUUUUAACAAGAGAAAAGCAGCAAAAUCCUUAUUAGAGUUUUGCAAUAACGUAAACAUAAAUGACAAAGAGGGAAAUUCACCUCUUCAUAUCAUUAGUAGUUUUUGUCAACGAACAAAGGAAAGUUUUGUAAAAUCAACUUACAAGUUUAUUUCAUCUGGGAAAGAUUAUUCUAAGUUUGAUCUAAUUCAUUUUGAUGUGCAAGUAAAUUUCCUCGUAGAUCUUUUAAUUUCCUUUGGGGCAAACGUUAAAGCAAGAAAUAAUCAAGGAUUAUCUACCUUUGAUGGUGCUAAAUCUUUUUUGAAGGAUCCAGGAAUUGAACUAUUUCUAUUGAGAAAACUUGUUAGCGCUGGACUCUGGAUUCAAGAUUUUUCUCCUGAAACUGUUUUAACAUCUGCCUGUAUUACAGACUACACCUGGUCACUGUAUGUUCAAGGACUAUCUAGUUUGCAGGAACAGCAAAUGACACUCAAGCAGCAAUGCAAAAAUGCUGUUCGAAAAGGCAUUCACUUAACUAGCGGUAAAACAAUGAAGCAUUCUAUUGAAUGUUUACCUCUGCCAACCAACUUGAAAAAGUUUUUGCAAUGAUGAUACUGGAAAUGCAAAAGAAAUGAACAGAACAAAAAUAGAACUUUGAGCUUAAGGAAGCUCUAAACACUGCACUCUAAAGAGUUCUACUUAUAGAGUAGUUUUAUGCAUUUAGAGUGAUCUACCCUUAGAAGUAAAAGCUAUUUAGAGUGAAAAGAAAAUAUCAAACACCAUAUACAGUGUACCUAUGACUACUAGUACAGUUGAACUUCGGUAUCUCUAACACGGAUAUCUCAAAUACCCUGGAUAUGUCGAAGUGAUUGGGAAGUCCUAACCACAUAUUUCUUACGUAUUUUACCAUCGAUAUCUCAAACCCGUGGAUAUCUUGGAAGUCUUUUCUUGGUCCCAUCAAGUUCGAGAUAACAAGGUUUGACUGUAUUUUUUAUACACAAUUUUACUAUUUUUAGCAACGAGUAAUAUUUGGUAAUCUAUAAUUUUUUUUUUUUUUUCAAUUUCCAUAUAUGUUCUUUACUCAUUGUUUAAAACCAUUUGCUAAUAUUUACAUUUGCUGUGUUUUUCUACAAAGCCAACUGUGAAAUUGAUUUGAAUGUCAUUUUCGUGUAUACUUACACUUAGAAAUAUACACGGAGGACUUGCACAAAAGUGAUGUCACAAUGAGGCUACAGAGAUGUUUCUAAAAAUGUUACGAUAUAGGGCAGCGAGAAAUUCAAACAUUGAGUAUAUUUUGAUGCUUCUAAACAUGUAAAAUAAAUGUAAAUAUAAGGAAUGUUUUUAAGUUUUGUGUGAGUUAUUGGUGUGUGUAAAUGACACAGACUUGCACGUAGGCAUAUUUUUCAUGAAGCGCUAGCACGCUUCAUGAAAUAUGCCUUCGUGACAAGUCUGUGUGAUUUACACACCAAUAACUCACACAAAACUUAAAAACAUUCCUUAAAUAAUACCCUAAGCUAGGAUUUUUAUCUUUGCAUUUUUUUCCCGGUGAUAUUUCACUUAAAAUGCCUUUUUUUUCAAGGAAAAUGCAUGAUUAUUGAAUAUUUUUAAUAACCAAAUGGUUGUUAUACUAGUAUUUGUGUGGUGUUAAUUUUUCUAAGUGUGUUGUACAUAUGGACUAUUAUUGUAUUACAGUAUAUGUACUUACUACAUAGUGUAUCAUGUAUGUGUUUUUGUCUACAUUUUUUUGAUUAUAGAAAUACUGUGUGUCAAUUAUGGGAAGAAAAUAAAAGUUUGCAGCACAAUAUAAAUAAAA